AUGGCCCACUGGAGGGAGGAGUACUUGGCUGCACUGACAGUCCGAGAUCACCGAGAGAAGGCAAACGCUAAUCUCUACAAUGCCUAUGCUCAGCUCGCAGAUCGCACUAGCUUGUUAGCGACCGCAACAAAUACUAGUUCAGCGCCAUCACAAGGCGAAAUCCACCGCUCGAUACCAUCGCCGUUGAUAACGGUCUCUAAGAAGCAACGUGGGAGCGAGGCGGGUCCCACUCCAGCUGAACUGCUCAACAUAACGCGUGCAGACUUGUCGGAAGCCCAGCGCUUCCGCUCAGAACUGCAGGAGCAACUUGGUCGCCUGACUUUAGAAGUGGAAAGCCUCCGUAAGAAAAGCACCCAACAAAGUCGACGUAUCAGCACUUUGGAAAGCGAGAGAGCGCAACUGCAAAUGCGGCUGAGAGAUCGAGAUGCCGAGCUAAAGGGGAAAGCCAAACUAUUGGAGGACUUCCAAGAUGAGAUGGCGACACUGAAUCUUCAAUUAAAUAUGGCGGAAGAGAGAUCAACUCGGCUCCAGAAAGAGAAUCAAGAUCUUGUCGAUCGUUGGAUGGCAAGGAUGGGCCAAGAAGCCGAAGCCAUGAACGAUGCGUCCAAAUACUCAUAG